CUUCACAGUGUUCACACACUCUUCACGCACAAGCGUUCUCACAGACCUUCACGCCAAACAAACCUCCCUAUUUUUACCCUUUCUCUCACACACAGUAAGCGUGUAAAUUCAUCUUCAGGCCAUCCGAUUCGUGUUCAGACUGGGAGAUUCGUUUAUAGCUUUGAUCGGCGCUUGAUCGUCGGUUCGGAGGUCGCCGGGUAGCUUACGUGACGCUGAUGGAGCCUCUUCGUGGUCGGAUUUGGUGUUUGUCCAAAACUGCGUAUUUGCUUUAGAAAUUGUUGAGGAGCUAAUAGCGAAUUUUGGUAGCCAAAGACCUUUUCUUGAUCGGCUAUCUUUCACUGUAGAAUUUGAAGUCGUCCUCGUUGACUCGAAUUCUCAAACUGAGCGUGCUGUGGAAAAUUGGAGCCGGAAAAUAAUUAAAAAAUCCAGAAAAUAUCAGCGGCCUUCGAAUUUCUUCUCCUCGCACAUAAAAAAUCCAUGCCUUAUCCCAUGAAGAUCCAGCCGAUUGAUUUCAAUGCACCGCUGGAGCCGCAGCCCAAACCCGAGGCAGUGGCGAAACCAAUACUGAAGUUGAAAUUCCGGCGGCUUUUCGAGAAACCCUUUUCCGGCGUGCUGAGAACAUCGGCGCCGGAAAAGCUUCCCGGAGCAGCUGAGCUGCCGCCGCCGCCGCUGAACGGCGGCAAGGAUGGCAUGGAGGAGUUUGAGCCGAGCUCCGUUUGCCUAGCGAAAAUGGUUCAGAAUUUUAUGGAGGACACUAACGAAAAGCAGAAAUGUGGAAGGAAAAAAUGCAAUUGCUUCAAUGGGAGUGGCACAGAUAGCUCCGAUGAGGAUUCCGAAUCAUACAAUGCAUCUGGUCACGCAUGCGAUGUUCUCAAGAGUCUAGUCCCCUGCUCGAGCAUCGCGGAGAGAAAUCUGCUGGCCGACACCGCGAAAAUAGUCGAUAAAAACAAAAUCGGUAAGCGAAAAGACGAGUUCUGCAGAAAAAUCGUGGCAGAUGGCCUAAUUGCUCUUGGGUACAAAGCUUCAAUCUGCAGAUCAAAAUGGGAGAAAACCCCCUCUUUUCUGGCUGGGGAAUACGAAUACGUGGAUGCAAAAGUUGAAUGUGAGCGGCUAAUAAUCGACAUAGAUUUCAGAUCGGAAUUCGAAAUCGCGAGGCCCACAAAGGCAUACAGACAGGUGCUCCAAACUCUGCCCAACAUAUUCGUGGGGAAAGCCGAACGUCUCGAGAAAAUCGUGAGUGUAGUAUCCGAAGCUGCCAAACAGAGCCUAAAGAAACGAGGCAUGCCCGUGCCUCCAUGGCGUAAAGCCGGUUAUGUGAAGGCUAAAUGGCUCUCGCCCUUUACUCGGUCGAGCUCGAGCCAUGAUAACGAGAAAAUCGAUGAUGAUGGUGAUUUUGUGUUUGUUUUUUCUAACAGUAACAGCCCUUGUGAAGGAGAUGAUGGGGUGAAGAAGCCAUUGGUGACAAAAUGGGAGCCAUUGGAGAUUAGGCCUAUGAAUGUGAACAGAGGAGUGAAGCUAGUUACUGGUCUAGCUUCUAUAAUUGAGGAUAAACCAUAAAAUUUUUGGUCUUUUUGUGUGUGUGUGCGUUGUUAGUAACUUUUGAUCAGUUAAUCAGUAGAAUGGAUUUGGAGGCGAUCUUUGAUGGUAUCGUGGUAAUUCCCUUGGGUUUUUUUAUGCAAGGGGUGUCGGAAAAUUUAAUAUAGUGUACUAACAUCAUGAAUAAAUAAAAACAGAACUUUGUUGUGUGUGUAGUAA